AUGGAUCAGGACAAAUACUUACCGGAGCUGAUGGCCGAAAAAGAUACCUUGGACUCCUCGUUUGUUCAUGCAAUUCGCCUCCUGGCAGAGGAAAUUGAGAAGUUUGAAGGAGACGAGCUGCGGAAAGACGGCGAAGUUAAAAAGUACCUGGAUGUCAUCAGCAACAAAAAUAUCAAGCUUUCAGAAAGAGUUCUCAUCCCAGUGCAACAGUACCCUAAGUUUAAUUUUGUUGGGAAGCUGCUGGGGCCUCGAGGCAAUUCCAUGAAGAGAUUACAGGAGGAGACAGGAGCGAAGAUGUCUAUACUGGGGAAGGGCUCGAUGCGGGACAAAGGCAAGGAAGAGGAGCUGAGGAAGAGCGGGGAGGCCAAGUAUGCCCAUUUGAGUAAUGAUCUGCACGUUUUAAUUGAAGUCUUCGCCCCGCCGGGGGAGGCCUACUCCCGCAUGAGCCAUGCCCUGGAGGAGAUUAAGAAAUUCCUGGUGCCGGACUACAAUGACGAGAUCAGGCAAGAACAGCUGCGGGAACUCUCCUACCUGAACGGCUCUGCUGAAGAUUCUUCCGGAAGAGGGCGGGCCACACGAGGGCGGGGCCUCCGGCUGGCUACCACGGCAACCACAAGGGGUCGUGGAGGUGCAGCGCCGCCCCCUCCCCCACCUCCCCCAGGACGAGGGGCCGCAGCGCCCAGAGGAGCGGGGAGCACGCGCACCCCCUCGCUGCCCGCCGCCACGCUCGCCAGGGGGGCCCCCACCCCCAGGACCCGCGGGGCCGCCGCAGCCUCCAGCACACCGGGCUACAGGACCCCCCUACUGCAGACCACACACGACGCCUACGACGACUAUAGUUAUGACGACGGAUAUGAUGGCGAAUAUGACGACGAGAGUUAUGAUGCUUAUGAUGAUACUUACAGCAAUCAGUCUAAAAGCAUUUCUGAAUACUAUGAAUACGGCCACGGAACAACUGAAGAAUCCUACAACAACUAUGCAGAAGAAGACUGGAGCUCCACGCGCCCUCCUGCCCUCAAAGCCCCGGCAGCCCCCAGGCCUUCCCGACGGGGCUUCAGACAACACCCCUACGGUAGAUAUUGAAGGUGCUUCGAAACAUUGCGCCCUCCAACAUGACCACAUGAAUCACUUUUGACUCUCUUCAAAAAACUUUGCUUUUUUAUUUUUUUUGCUCUCUCUCUCUGCUCCCUUGACCACAUCUCCCCCCACGCCACGCCUCAUAUAGGAAGUCUCCAUUUAAACCUAUUGUAGGCCUUGACCCAACCCCCACCCCCUCCCCCACUGAUGGCUUUUUUUAAAUAACGUGAACUCAUUUGUAGAAGCAAUGAGAGGGAAGACAAACAUUGAGAUGGAAAAAAAAUGUGAAAAUUGGGGUUGAUACGUCAAACCCUGCACUUGAACUGCUCAAUGUCAUUUUGAUUGUACAUAACUGUGUGUUUCUUCGUAAACAAAAGCAUGGGGUUGCCACAUAACUUACACUUAUUGAUCCUUUUCGUGAUCCUGUUGUCAUCCAGGCCAGACUGAUUUAUUACCAUUAAGUGAAGAUAACUAUCUUGUAUAUAACUUCUUUUUUAAUACUUGUUCAUUUAAUUAUGUUAACUAUUGCGUUGUAAAUUUAAUUUCAAUUUCGGUAUUGGGGUAGACAGCAAACGGCUAUGUAUGUAGCUUCAGACAAGCGCUCUGUUCUGUGUUAAGAUGUAUCUGUAAAUAAAACAUGUAAUAAAAGAACAUAAAGCACAAUGUGUAAGCUUCUCUAAAUAGGUGGCCAUAUUAAUUGUCAAAUUUGU